AUACACAAUGAAUCGAGAUUUACAGCCACCUUAUAAAUUAGACCCAGAUUCAACAGAAAGGAUAAUAAAAGAUUUAUUGAUUUAUAAAGAUGCUCAAUUAAAAGUCAUCCUUAAAAAAUAUAUUGAAAUCACAGCACCUUAAGAAACAUUAAGUGAAGAAAAAUUGUAAUUAAAUCGACUAAAUAAAAAGACAACAAUUAGCUGCUGAAUUUUAAAAAGAAAUAGCUGUUUAUGAAUUUUAAAUAGCAAAGGCAACUAGAUAGCUGGAAGCAUAAAAUUUUGAUAGAGAAUAAAAUUAAGAAUUAAAUAAAUCAAUAAGUAAUUAUUAUAUUGAAUUUCUUAGUUGAAGGAAUAAAAUAAACUGAUUUGGAAAUAGAAAAUUUGAAGAGUGUAUAUUAGAUUGAGGAAUAAAUAAAAAUUAAUAGAUAACAUUAUGAAAAUUUAUCAAAAUAAAUAUGCAGUUAUGAAAAUGUGAAUAAUGUUGUUAAAAAUAUUGAAGUGGCUACAAAAAACAUAGAAUAAUUAAAGAUACAACAUAAAUAAGCAGCAGAAUUAAUAAAAAUUAAAGAAAAAUAAUUAUUCAUGAUGGUAUUUAUAAAAUAAUAUAAAUUAAAGUUGCAUCUAAUGUAGGAUUUAAUUGAAGUGAAGUAUGAAUAAUGAUG